GUUAUGUACAUCAUUAAACGACGGCUAAAAUUCAAAGUUUGAGUGAAAUAGGACUAAAAAUACUAAAUUUGCAUAGUUAUUGCAUGUAAAAGUGAAAUAUGACAACUUAUAGGACUAAAUAUCUAAAGAGACCAACAUAUAGGACCAAAAUUAUAAUUUUCCCUUUCCUGUAUUAUAACGAAAGCGAAAAGCAACAAAGAUUUAUUCAUCAGAUAACAAAACCUCAAACAGAGAAGAAGAAGCUUAAAUCAGCAGAAAAAUGGAGGUGGCGCUGCACCCAAUGAGAUUGAAGCAGCUCCUCCACUUCGCCGCAUCUUCCAAACCUAACAAAAACCAUUUUCUCUUUGGAAGAUUCCGACCAUCUUUCAUCGUUCGUUGCUGCUCUUCUUCUUCUCCGUCUUCUACCACCGCCGCCGCCGCCACGACCGCCGUCCCCGGCGGCCGUAACCGCCGGCCCUCAUCGUCAACAAAUUCCACGUCCGACAGAGAGGCUGUUCGCGCAAUCCGCAUCAAAAAGGUGCGAGAGCUAAGGAGCAAUGGCUUCGACCCCUAUGCUUAUAAGUGGGAACGAACUCAUACGGCAAACGAGCUUCAGCAUAUUUAUCAGAAUUUAGGAAAUGGUGAAGAGUCGACUAGUGAGAGCGAUCAUGUAUCUAUUGCUGGAAGAAUCGUGGCUCGUAGGGCUUUUGGGAAGCUCGCCUUUUUAACUUUGAGGGAUGACUCGGGUACGAUCCAGCUGUACUGUGAGAAGGAAAGGCUAUUAAGCGAUCAAUUUGAUCAUUUAAAGACGCUAGUCGACAUAGGUGAUAUUUUGGGGGCAAAAGGCUCGAUAAAGCGCACAGAAAAAGGGGAAUUAUCUGUUUAUUUGACUUCAUUCUCAAUCCUUACGAAAUCUUUGCUUCCUCUACCCGAUAAAUAUCACGGCCUGACAGAUAUAGAUAAGCGUUACCGCCAAAGAUAUGUAGAUAUGAUUGCGAAUCCGGAGGUAGCCGACACAUUUAGGAAACGAGCUAAGAUUAUAUCAGAAAUACGAAAAACAGUAGAAUCUGCCGGUUUUAUCGAAGUCGAGACCCCAGUUCUUCAGGGUGCAGCUGGUGGAGCUGAAGCUAGGCCGUUUAUUACGUACCAUAACUCUCUCGGUCAAGAUCUUUAUCUUCGAAUCGCAACUGAGCUACAUUUGAAGAGAAUGCUCGUUGGUGGAUUUGAAAAAGUAUACGAGAUAGGCAGAAUAUUCAGAAACGAAGGCCUUUCAACUCGUCACAAUCCUGAAUUCACCACCAUUGAGAUGUACGAAGCGUAUUCAGACUACGAAAGUAUGAUGAAUAUGACAGAAGAGAUUGUAACCCGUUGUGCUAUUGCAGUUAAUGGGAAACUUACCCUCGAUUAUCAGGGUGUGGAGAUAUGCUUAGAAAAACCGUGGAGGAGAGAGACAAUGCACAAUCUUGUGAAAGAAGCAACUGGGAUUGAUUUCAACGAGUUUGGAGACGAUCUCACUACUGCAAAAGAAGUUGUUCUUCAAAAACUAGAAGUUGGUUGUGAUCAUCUAAAUAAGAGUUCGAUUCAAUCGUGCUUGUCUAUUGGUCGUAUGCUUAAUGAGGUUUUUGAAUUAGCCGUAGAACCGCAACUAUUGCAACCGACUUUUGUUUUGGACUAUCCAAUCGAAGUAUCUCCGCUCGCCAAACCGCAUAGAAGACAUGCAGGCUUGACGGAGAGAUUUGAGCUCUUCGUAUGCGGUCGUGAGAUGGCAAAUGCUUUCUCGGAGUUGACCGAUCCGUUGGACCAGAGAGCACGCCUGGAAGAGCAAGUGAGGCAGCACAACAAGAAGAAUGCAGCGAAAACAACAUCGGAGAAAGUCGAAGAUGAAGACGCGUAUAAUGUGACUCUUGACGAAGAUUUCUUGACUGCUCUUGAAUAUGGAAUGCCUCCUGCAUCUGGAAUGGGGCUUGGAAUCGACAGGCUCGUGAUGCUGUUGACGAACUCGGCUAGUAUACGUGAUGUUAUCGCAUUCCCUGUUCUCAAGACUCAGCAGUGAUAGGUGUUUCAUUUGUGUUCCAUUUUCUACAUUAAUCUUAUUUUUUUAAUUAUUAUUAUUAUUAUUCUCAUUUAAGGAGCAUAAUGAGCUAUUUAAGUGUAUUUUAUUUAUUUAUUUUUUUUGACAACUUUUGUUCAUUUGAAUUUUGAAAUCUUGGAUCGUAAAUGGAAUCGAUUACUGAAGUAUUGGUUUCAUGUCAGUUUAAAGUAAUUGAUGUGUAUUUAAAUCGGGUAA